CACAAGUGUGGGUUUACCAAAGUAACUGAAUUAUGGCAUUUUCUAUUGGAAGUGAUUUCAGUUUACAAGGAAAUCAGGCUAAAAGUUAAAUGUGGGAAAAUAUACACAAAUUUCAAAAUAUUACAAGAACAUGACAGUUAUAUUUUUAUGUAUAUAUAGUUAUAUUUUGAAUGAAAAAUGAGUCAAAACAAAUUUAAACAUGUUGUAAAGUUAAAUCAGUUGUUGAAUAUUUUGUCAUGUGUUUAUAAUCUUAAGACCAAGUAGUAGUUUAUCUUAACAAUUGCUAUUUAUAUAUCCCUUAUCAAUAACAUGAAAAAGCAAAUAGACACACAUAAUAAAUCUCUCAAUGGAUAGAUUUAUACUUCCUCAUUUGAACCAUUUUAAACAGAUUUAGAUAGACAGUACUGUGUAGUAAAUUCAUAUUUUAAAUAAAAAAAAUAAUGGCAUAUUCCAGGAUAGACUUCAGUGCUUCAUUUACACAGGACUCUGAUGAAGUUCAGGAAAUGUUCUGUGAGGUUUGUGAUAAACAUAACAAGCAAUAUGCUCCUGCUGAAGGAUUUUGUGAAGAGUGUUUCCAGUAUUUGUGUGUGACUUGUCUAAAAUACCAUAAAAUAUACAUGAAAUCUCAUACCAUAAAAGAUAAGGAUAACAUGCCACAGGAUUUCUGUCUAGAGAAAUGUUCUGUUCAUCAAGAUGAAUUGGUCAAGUUUUAUUGUCAGGCUUGUAAGAAAUUUGCCUGUACUGAAUGCAAGACACAAGACCAUGGGACCUGUAGUAUGGUCAGUCAUUUACCAGCUCUUGUUCCCGGGAUUGAAAACAGCCAAGAAAUUAAAGAACUCACUGAAAAUCUUGAUAUGUUAAUGGAAGAUUUGGAAAAUACAGAAAAAUAUGUGAAUAUAAACAUGAAAUAUGUCGCUUCACAAGAAAUAAAGAUAUUAGAUACAGUCAUGAAAAAAAAGAAAAAAAUAUUGUCAGUGUUUGAAAAUCAUCAGAAAGAAAUAAUUCAAGACUUUGAGCAGGAAAUAGAAGAUACCUUAAAAAGACUUAAAGAAGAGAAAACAAAGAAGAUUGAAAAAUUAAAAGAAAAUCAAAGGAAAUUAGAAAAGUUAUUAAAUGAUGAGGAGAAUGAAAUAAAGAAGAAAAUUGAAAUCAUAAAAAAGAAUGACAAGACGGUUUUGCAGGCAAUCACAGAGAAAACCUCUAAAAUGAAAAUAAAACUAAAAGCCAUAUCAACAGAGCUGGUUCAUUACCAAAAUACAGAUCAAAGAUGUCAACUGUUUGUUGCUAUGAAGAAGGGACAGGAAAUCAUUGAACAAUUGAAACCAGAUAUAGAUAAGCAAUGGGAAAACAAUUCAAUUCAUUAUUACAAAGUAAAAUGCAAAGCUUCUAAACGAAAUAUAACCAAUUUACAAGACUGUGACACAUUUUUCACCUAUCAAGAAAUACAUGAGUCUGAAGUACCAAGAACUGCAAGUUGUCACACAGAUAUUAAAUUCAAAUCCGACUCCUUUGCAUCUUUAUUAAACAGUUUUUCUUUCUAUGCUCCAAAACCUUUUUUAUGCUUAUUAUCAGAAAACUGUCUUCUGGUUACUAAUCUUGAUAGGGAUAAGCUGAGUAUAUUCAAGGAUAUGUUAGUCAGCACUACAUCAUAUGAUACAAUAGACCUGCCUUCCAACCCUUGGGCUGCUGCUAAAGUUGACAAUAACAAAGUUGCUGUAACAUUUCCACGACUUGAAAUAAUAAGACUUAUAACAUUCUCUAAGUCUAUGACAGUGACCAACACUGAAGAUAUAAAAGUAGGAGGAGGUUGUCGUGGUGUUGCCUACAGUAACAACAAGCUUAUAGUAUCUUACAAAACCAGAUCAGCAACAGUGAAGAUACUUGACAUGUCUGGUAAAGUAUUGAAAAUAUUUGUUAAUGAUCAUCAUGGGAAUUGUCUGUUUGCUGAUCCUCAUUUAUUAACAAUAAGUGCAGACAACACAGUUAUAUAUGUAUCUGACUUUGAGAAGAACUGUGUGAUGGGUUUAACAUUUAAUGGGAAAGUCAAGGCCAUUUACAAGGAUUACCAGCUGAAUAAACCAUGUCAACUGACAGUAGAUAGGUCUGGAGCAGUGUUUGUAUGUGGACGUUGGUCACAAAAUAUACACCAAUUAUCACCUAACCUGACCAAGGUAAAUACUCUCCUGGGUAAAGAACGAGCAGUAGCUGUGGCACAUUGCCAGAAUACAAACAGAUUGUAUGUGUUGAGUCAACUAGAUGAUAACAUUAAAGUGUUUGAUUUAUCACUAGAAUAAAACUAUUACUAUCUGAAUAUCCUGUAGAAAAUACUUGACGAAAGUUAAAACUAUUUCAAUAUAAAAUUUACCUCAUGUUUUUUUUAAUGCAGCUUGUAAAUGAUCAAACUAGCUGAGACAUUUUGUGAUUGUUUCAAGAAACAUUUGUAUAGUGUAUAGUCAU